UUUUCAUAUUCUGGAACAGCAGAAAUCUGAAUAAUCUCAGAUUAUACUUAAAAAAAAAAAACUGAAAAUUGUAAUCUCUAUCAAUUAUUUUUUUAAUCCUCAGAGCAUAAAUUGUGAAUCCAAUCUACGAAACGAUGCCGUAUUGCGAGGUGGGAAAAACGCAGAACGCCGUCGACGCUGCUCUAAACAAUGGGAUCCAGAUUUAUUAUCGGACUUACGGUCACGGCCCUAUCAAAGUCCUCUUAAUCACAGGAUUGGCGGGUACACACGACUCGUGGGGCCCACAAAUCAGGGGACUGGCCGGAACCGAUAGGGCCAACGACGAUGAAACUAUGGCGGUUGAUCGGGAAUCCGACCGAGCUAACAAUGAGGUUGGCGGCAUCGAGGUUUGUUCCCUCGAUAAUCGUGGGAUGGGCCGGAGUUCCGUUCCCACCAAAAAAUCAGACUAUUCGACGAGAAUUAUGGCAAAAGAUGCAAUUGCCUUGUUGGAUCAUCUGGGCUGGAAGAAAGCCCAUGUUUUUGGGCAUUCAAUGGGGGCUAUGAUUGCUUGUAAGAUGGCGGCAUUGGUGCCUGAUAGAAUUCUUUCUUUAGCAUUACUUAAUGUAACAGGUGGAGGUUUUGAAUGUUGCCCGAAGCUUGACCGGAAAACAUUAUCCAUUGCAAUUCGAUUUUUAAAGGCAAAGACUCCUGAGCAAAGAGCAGCGGUUGACUUAGACACGCACUACUCAGAGGAAUACCUUGAGGAGUUUGUCGGUUCCGACACUAGAAGAGUAAUUUUGUAUCAAGAAUAUGUAAAAGGCAUAACAGCAAGUGGCAUGCAAUCCAAUCAUGGGUUUGAAGGGCAAAUCAAUGCAUGCUGGAGACAUAAAAUGACCCGAGCAGAAAUUGAUUUAAUCCGUUCAGGUGGAUUUCUUGUAUCAGUCAUUCAUGGCAGGCAAGAUGUCAUUGCUCAAAUAAAUCAUGCAAGGAGGCUAGCAGAGAAGCUACAACCUGUUGCAAGAAUGGUAGAGUUUCAUGGGGGGCAUCUAGUAACUCAUGAGAGAACAGAAGAGGUUAAUCAAGCUCUUCUUGAGUUGAUAAAGGCUUCCGAAAUGAAGAUGAGCCCACAUGACUGGAACAAUUUCCCCAAGAAAAGAUCAGAAGCGUCAAACAGAACAACCGUAGAAAGAGAAACCAACAUAAUCAUCGCAAAGAUCCACGUGUUCCUAGUAUAUCUAAUCAGUCUAUUUAUGACGGCAUUUAAGUAUGGAAGAAGUUCUCUACAGAGACUAAAACCAGUUAGAGUUGGAGCCUCUUCCCCAAAAUAGUCUCCAUUUUUAAACUGGUUUUAUAAAUUUGUCACCAUUGUGACACGACCCCAUUUGGCUUUUUAACUGAUUUUCAUGUUAUAUCAUGCAAAACCUACUGUAAGUGGAAGGACAUCAAUAUAGCCAAAACCAACAGGCCAGAUAACACAGUGGAGCUGGAAGAGAAAGCUAAAAACUCUCCUUUGAUUUUGUAUACAAAGAUAAAGCUGAGGAGAUACAUUUUUAUCAAACAACACGAAGUAUAAAUAAAUAAAUAUGGCCAUAAAAAUAUUAAA